GAGAGUCAUGUGGCGUGCAUUCCCCCACGUCAUGAUGAUCGAUGCAACGUACAAGACAAACAUAUACAAUAUGCCCUUUAUCCAGAUUGUUGGUAUGACGCCUACCAACAAAUCGUUUAUUAUCGCGCAUGCCGUUGUUAGUAAAGAACGGGGUGAUAACUUUGUGUGGGUGCUUGAGAGGGUUAAGGCAAUGUUGGAUGAAUGUAUGGAGCCACGUGUGAUUUUAACGGAUAGAGACCUAGCCCUUAUGGGCGCGUGUGCUAAAGUAUUUCCAGACGCCUCCAGGCUUCUUUGCAGGUGGCACAUACAACAGAAUGUUAUGAAGCACUGCAAGGGUGCCUUCACAGACGACGACUGGAAGAAAUUUAUGUCAUUCUGGGGGACAUUGAUUGAGUCUCCAUCCAUACCCAUCUACGACUACCACUUGCGCAACAUGCGAAAGCGACUUGUGGAGUGCAAACGUUCUAUAUUUAUUAUGGAGGACGAUCUGAUACCGGGCGAUGACAUUCACAUAGAGCCGGUUCAGCAGGGUCCACGACGGAGACAGCGACCGCCUGUGGAUACGCUGCAGGGGCAUCCAUAUCUUGAGUUUCCCGACGGCACUGACGCCGCCCGUCAUUGCCAGAAGCUUAGGAGGAUGCACGUUGGAUCGCAUGCAUCGAUCGACUGGGAUGCGAUGGAGGAGAUUGCUGAGACGCCGAGAGUGCGUCGGUUUAUACCUAUCGAUUCGCCGUGGCAUCGUCUUUUUGAUUUGGCGCACACGCCGACCUACAGGGAGCUGCUGGUCGAGUUCCUUUCGUCAUUCACAUUUCACCCUCCUGGGGAGCCAGUGCCGCUUCCGUACCCAGGUGCUCCCCAUCCGCCUGAGGUUUCUUUCAGGCUUGCUGGCGUUAUGCGUUCGAUGACGCUAGCACAGUUUGCGGUGCAUUGUGGUUUAUACAUGCAGGAGGAAAUCGAGACUGAGAUUUACACAGCGGGGCUAGUGGUGGUUGAAAAACCCACUCUUGUAGGGUUUUGGCAGGUGAUUGCGGGGGCGGAUCAUUGGGAGCACGAAAAGUCAAAGGGGAGGGUGUCGUUUGUUAGGGACCCACUAUACAGGAGGCCGUGCGCGCUAGCACACGGUCUAGCCCAGUACUUCGCCUCCGGCCAUCACCGGCAGGAGCGCGGAUUUUUGUAUGGCGGGGCGUACGUGACCGUCAUUGCCCGUUCAUUGGGCCUCGUACCACACCAGGACCCACAUCUACGGACGCCGGCCAUCAUGCCGACGCGGAUGGGUAUGCAGUCGCUAUGGGGGAUGAGGGUUAUCAGGAGGUUCCCCAUUGGCCCGCGGUUUAAAAACCGCGAAGGGGGCGUAUGGACAGAGCAGGCCUUACCAGAGCAUUUCGAGCCCGUUCAUCCUCCUGCAGAUCCUGCUGAUGUAGUGCCCGUGGAGGACCCUCCGGAGGAUCUAGACGGUGCAGCGGAGCCACAGCCACCGCCACCUGCCGGGGCACCUCAGUUUCCACGUCACGUUAUUCGAGGUCGUGCCCCAGGAGCUGCGCUACAUCCGGAUGUACGAGCCAGGCUUGACAGGCUCGACGAUUUGGCAAAUAGUUAA